GAAGGAGAUAACUUAAUUCCGAGUUUCUGACUCCUCAGUUCUUCAGAGGCGUUACUUAGAAGAACGAAGAGUAAUUUGCGUAUAAUAAAACCCAUCUCAUCUUUAAUUAUCAGAGAAAAGACACGUGAUUCUGUGAUGACGGAGAUGGAGACCACCGAAACGAACUGGAACGUUGCUUCGUCUUCCGUUUCCGUCGCCAACUGCGUCACCUUCGAAUCCUCACUCUCUCUGUUAAACGACGAUAAUCAACAACAAGCUUCUUCAUCUCCACUUUUUCUUCGCUCACCUUCUCCCGAUUCCUCUCCUUGCGAGAUCAAGAUUUGUUUUAAUACGAAACAUGAACUCAGACAAGUCUAUGUUCGUAGUACGGCUCGGGUGUAUGAGAUUUACACUGCAUCUGAUCUGCAGAGCAGCAAUGAGUAUCUCUGUACGGUUCGCUGCGGUGUUGCGUCUAGAGAUGGUGAAAUUCUUCGUGCUCCUAAUGUUCCACAUGUCGAUGGUUCUCACAGAGAGUCGAGUGAGGAAAAUAUAAAAAAUGAAGAUGAUUGGGUUGAAGUGAAGAUCCCUGAAUGCACCAACUCAACUGAAAUCAGUCAGGACCUUUUUGAGGCUACAGCUGAGCUUAAUGAUGUCAGUCCUUGCAUUUCUGUUACGCUUCGUUUGCUCUCACUUCAGAGUAAAGGCUGCGUUUAUGUUGAUGAGAUUUAUAUAUUUGGUGAUCCUGAUGAUUCAACUGAUUCAGAAAGCCAAGAGAGCCGUAAUGGAAACUCAUCCAGUGGUUCUCUUAUGGCUAUGUUUCUUCCAACUAUAAUGCAAUUAUCUAAGACAUCAGGUCUCGGCCAUCUAAAUGCUGUCAAGAAGGAAAAACAAUCUUUUUCAGCAGAUGAUUUGGAAGAAACCCAGCCACUUGAUUCAGUAACCAAAACUCAACUGAAGGGAAAAGCUAGCAUAGUUGGUCCUCAAGAAGUGAAGUUGAAAGAGGUGAAUGGUGGUUGGGUGGCUCCAUCCUUGCCAUGCACAUCCUCUCAAGUCUCUAAAUUGGAUAGUGACUGUACUGCUGUACCCUCACAAGCUGAUACAGUGGAUAGUACUAAUUGUCUUGCCCCCUCUGAGGUUGCUCCUGCCAAGAGCAAUCAUGGUUGUUCUCUUGGUGGCAAUAUUGAAAGGGCCUUUGAACAGCUUGUAUCACGAAUUGACAGGAUUGAACAAAUCUGUCUGGGGUUUCAGGAGAAAAUGGCAUUGCCCAUGAGCAGCAUUGAGGCAAGACUCCAGAAAGUUGAGCAGCAACUUGAUACCCUGACCAAGAAAUUGCAAAAUCCUGGAUCAUCAUCCUGUGGAAGGUGUGCUCCUGAAGGCUCUUUCAUUGAAUCAGAUGCUAUUGAUUAUGCUUUCACUAGGGAAAAUGAACCAGAGAAGAGAGAAUUAGUUACAGAAGUGCAUAUCUCUGAUUCAGCAAAUACUAGUCAAAUGCUCCCAGGUCUUAUAGUUACGGCUCCUGAGUUUCCUGAUGGUGAGGAUGAAGAAGAUAAUGCAUCAGGGCAAAAAAUGGGUUCUUCAUGUGUUGAAGUAAAGCGAUCAAUUGACGAUGCUUUAUCUUCUGCAUUAGCUAAUUUUUUAUCCACAGGCUCUUCAAAGUCUCCAAAGUAUACUAAAAGUUUAACAGUCAAAGCCCCUGAUUUUUCUAGUGAAGAUGAGGAUGAUCGUGAGAGUAAUAACGAGACAGCAAAUAAUGAAUCAGCUCAUCCUGUGGACUGUGAGAAGAUUAAUCACAUCCAAGUGCUGACAUCAUCCAAUAUUUCCCUGGAAAGUGGAGCACAGGUAGAUGAGGAUUCUAAAAAUGAACAUACUGAAGAAUGUGGUCAAUCUUGUAGUAUGGCAGGAGAUCAAGAAGUAUCUGUUACAACCAGUUCUGUAGCUGAUCAUAAUCCAAAGAUAGGUUUAACUAACAACUUUGAAGAUGGUCAAAGCAGAGAACUCAGUGUUUAUAAAACGGAUGAUUUGUUCAAUAGUGGAAAUGAAACCUCGAAUGAGUUGCUUGGCAAUCAGACUGCAAGUGGUUUAACUAGCGUUGCUCAGGAAGGAUCAUUUGCAACACUUGCAACAGAAGUUGGGAAAAAACCUUCCCAUGAAGACAUUAUAGAGAAUGUUCUUGGAUUUUCAAUUGCCUCCUCUGCAGUAGAUUUUGAAACCUCACUCCUGGAUGUGAAAUUCAUUUCACAGAGAAGUCCUGUCACUGACCCUUUGCUAGAAGCUCUUCUUGUUGACACACCGGAAACAAACUCCCAAGACUCUUCUGGAAAGGAAACCGGUGAUCAUCUGGCCCAUAAGGAACAAGAGAAGACCGAUGGCAUUCUUUCACUUGAGGAGCACUCUAACUUGGUUUCAGUAGAUGAUGAGGAAGCAGUGAAUCCCACUGGCACUAGCGAUGCUGCUGUGGAAAAAGACUACUCUCCUCUGAUGACUGGGCCUGUUAACAGAGAGGAUGAUAAUGUGCCCGGGGAUCAUAAACGCAAGCUUGAUGAAAUAUCUGCCUCGAGUCUGAUAUGAAGCUCGUUCGUCCUGUUUAUGAACUUCGGAUUUUAAUCUACAUCAUAUUUGAUGAUUCAUGUUUUUGCUUUUGCCAGUGCCCUAAACGUUGAAGAGUCAAUAGGAGUUGCUAAGUAGAAGUGUUGAACCAUCAAACAUGUUUGGCCAGCUGUUAUGUUUAUAUGGCGUGGUUGUAGGUUUGAAUGUGUACAGAUGCAGUACGAAUUAAGUUUUAAGUUUCAACUGUAAAUAGCCAAUCACACUUAGGUUCAUCAAGCAGGAGAAUGAUUUGGAUUCAAAGGUGAUUUAUAUUUUUUAUGCAUUGUUUGAAAUUAUAGAUCGGUAUUAAAUAAUCAGAAGACCUUUGUUGGUAUGUGUGUCGUUGACGUAUAA